AUGGCUGCUAAGAAAAAAAUAAGGGCUUCUGCUGCUAAGAAAAAAAUAAGGGCUUCUGCUGCAGAUUUAUUUUAUUUACCGGAUGAUUGCUGGCUACGCAUCUUCAAACUCCUCCUCGACGGCGACGACGCCGACUGCGACCGUUAUUUAAAACCUCUCUCCACCGUAUCGAAAGAGUUCCUCUCCUUCACCAACCGCCACAAAUUCUCUCUCACCAUCUCUUCUGCAACACGCCCUUUCCUCCCUCACUUCUUUCAAAGGUUCCCCAACCUCACCUCCCUCAACCUCUCCCACUACUACACUGCUGACCUCCCAACUGACUUCAAUGCUAUUCUACUCGAAAUCUCUCGUUUCCCAAUGAACCUUAGAGCACUUGAUCUCUCCUACAAACCUAUCAUUCCCAAAGAUGGGCUGCGAGCUUUGUCCCAGAAGAUUACAACUUUGACCUGUCUCACUUGUUCCCACAUUAGUUCUAUCCAUAACACUGACAUGUUACUUAUUGCCGAGUGUUUUCCUCUACUCGAAGAACUAGACCUCAGUUACCCCGGGAAAGGUUAUAACAACGAUUGCACCGUUGGAGUAGAGGCUCUUUCACGGGAACUUUUCAAACUCCGCAAGGUAAAUCUCUCUCGUCAUCGGUACAUCAACAAUAGGUUGCUUUUCCACUUGUUUAAGAAUUGUAAGCUUCUGGAAGAGGCCAUCAUAUUAGACUGUCAUCAACUAACCAACGCAGGCAUUGCUACUGCUCUACAUGAGAGACCAACAUUGCGCUCUUUAUCCUUUGCCAAUUCUAAGUCUUUGGUGGAUUUUGGUGUAAGCCCUCAACUGGAGUCUCUCCAUUUGGUUCACAGUUGGUGGAAAAGCAAUGACACCAUCAAAAGGGUUCCAUGGUUAUUCCCCAAUUUGCAGCGGCUUGAUUUGAGCCGACGCAGAGUCAAUUCUGGAAAUGAAUUUGUUUUUGAUGGGACUGAAGAAGGUAUUUGUAACCUUUUGAGAAAUUGUAGUAAGAUUAAACAUUUGAACUUAACCCACUAUCCAAUAGUGAUGGUACCCAAAAUGAACUUUAAAGUUCCCAAAUUGGAGGUAUUGAACUUGUCAUAUACAGAAGUUGAUGAUGAAGCACUACGUAUGAUCUCAAAGAGUUGUUGUAGGCUUUUGCACCUGUUACUGGAAGGUUGUUUUAUUGUCACGAUGACUGGAUUGAAGCAUGUGGUAGAAAACUGCACGCAACUGAGGGAAAUCAAUUUGAGGAAGUGCCUUGACGUGCACGCUGACGCUGUUGCCUUAAUUGUAUCUUCAAGGCCAUCAUUGAGAAAGAUAAUUGCUCCACCUCGCUAUUCAUUUAGUGACAAUGAGUGGGAAUUCCUCGGUUCAUGCUUGAUAAUUGCUUAAGGGUUUGCAGACACGGAGGCCGAAGUUGGGAUACAUGAUUUGUUACUGAGAAUUUCAUUUCAAUGUAUACUCGCUAUCAAGGUUGUCAAAUUCAAGAGUCUGUGCAUCAAUAAUUUUUCUUAUCAAUUUAUGUGUUUGAUUAUUCUAAUGUA